UCCUCAGAGCCGCGGCGGCCGCCGGAGCACUUGAGCGGCUGCUUCUCGCUCUCCGCCCGCAGGAGGAGGAAGAGGAGGAAGAAGAGGCUUCGCUGCCGCCUCUCCGCUCCUCCGCCCCUCUUCCCCUUCCGCCCCACACCUUUAUGGACGAGCGCCGGAGCUUGCUCCACUCUCCGGCUGCCUCCUCCUGCAGCCGCCAUCCGCGGGGCGGCUCGACCAGCAGCCACCACAACCUGGGCUACACCGAGCCGCUGCCCCCCGCCGCCCCGCAGCCGGCCCCCGAGCAAGAGGAGGAAGAAGGUGACGAAGGGGAGGAAGGCAGCAUGACCGUGGUGGGAGGCGGCGGCGGCGGCGGCGGCGGCGACCCUUUGCUGGAGGAACCACAGCAGCAUCCUCACCCUGUGCUCGGGGGGGACCGCUACGAUCACCCCCAGACUCCGGCCGCCGUCCCCACGGGUCAGCCCGCGGGCGGCGGGGAGCACGAGUGCUGCGAGCGGGUGGUGAUCAACAUCUCGGGGUUGAGGUUCGAGACCCAGCUGAAGACCCUGGCGCAGUUCCCCGAGACGCUGCUGGGGGACCCUCGGAAGCGGAUGCGCUACUUCGACCCCCUGCGCAAUGAGUACUUCUUCGACCGUAACCGCCCCAGUUUCGACGCCAUCCUCUACUACUACCAGUCGGGUGGGCGCAUCCGGAGACCAGUCAAUGUCCCCAUUGACAUCUUCUCCGAGGAGAUCCGCUUCUACCAGCUUGGAGAGGAGGCCAUGGAGAAGUUCCGGGAGGAUGAAGGGUUCAUUCGGGAGGAGCAGCGGCCGCUUCCCGAAAAGGAGUUUCAGCGCCAAGUGUGGCUCCUAUUUGAAUAUCCCGAGAGCUCUGGGCCAGCCCGAGGCAUUGCCAUUGUCUCUGUCCUGGUCAUUCUUAUCUCUAUUGUCAUCUUCUGUCUGGAGACCCUGCCAGAAUUCAGGGAUGACCACGACUAUGAGGGAACUGGGGGGACCUUUGGGAUGGGUGGUGGUCCUCUCCCACCUGAUGUAUUCACCAACUCCUCGUCCCCGACUGCUUCCAUGGUGUCAUCCUUCACUGACCCUUUCUUUGUGGUGGAGACCUUGUGCAUCAUCUGGUUCUCCUUCGAGCUGCUGGUUCGUUUCUUUGCCUGCCCUAGCAAGGCCACCUUCUCCAAGAACAUCAUGAACAUCAUUGACAUUGUGGCCAUCAUUCCCUACUUCAUCACGCUGGGCACCGAGCUGGCUGAGAGGCAGGGCAAUGGCCAGCAAGCCAUGUCCUUGGCCAUCCUCAGAGUCAUCCGUCUGGUCAGGGUCUUCCGUAUCUUCAAGCUGUCCCGGCACUCCAAGGGGCUGCAGAUCCUGGGGCAGACCCUCAAAGCCAGCAUGCGGGAGCUGGGCUUGCUCAUCUUCUUCCUCUUCAUCGGCGUCAUCCUCUUCUCCAGUGCUGUCUACUUCGCAGAAGCCGAUGACCCCAGUUCAGGUUUCAGUAGCAUCCCCGAUGCCUUCUGGUGGGCUGUGGUGACCAUGACCACAGUGGGCUACGGGGACAUGCACCCCAUCACCAUUGGGGGCAAGAUUGUGGGGUCUCUCUGUGCCAUCGCAGGGGUACUGACCAUCGCCCUUCCCGUGCCUGUCAUAGUCUCCAAUUUCAACUACUUCUACCACCGGGAGACAGAAGGUGAGGAACAAGCCCAGUACAUGCACGUCGGGAGCUGCCAGCACCUCUCCUCCAGCGAGGAGAUGAGGAAGGCUCGCAGCAAUUCCACCCUCAGCAAGUCCGAGUACAUGGUGAUCGAGGAAGGGGGGAUCAACCACAGUGCAUUCAAACAGGCUGCCUUUAAAACAGGCAACUGCACAACCACGAACAAUCCCAACUGUGUGAACAUCAAAAAGAUCUUUACGGAUGUUUAAAAAACAACCCCCUCCCCCCUCAACCAAACCCAACCAAACAGCACCAAAAUCUGAGGAUGAGGUAAAAAAUCAAACCAACAAUAAUAAUGCAAAGUGACUGUGUCCUCGGUGUUGUGUGGAACAUGCACCAUCGUCGGUCUCUGUGUGCCCUCGGGUUUAGACUUUUAUUUUUUUAGCUUCUUCCUUUCUAAAGAGCCAAAUAAAGGAUUUCAGAAUCUCCAGAGAACAACGCAAAGGUAAAAGAGAAGGAAGAUGAAGACAAAACCCACUUACUGCCGAAACAAGUGGUUGUUCUGCAACGUGUUGCAGGGCUGCUUUUGUUUUCUUGCCUUUGGGGACCUCUCGCUUUGCUCCCGAAUUUCCCCCCCGCUUUCCCUAAGGCAGCGUGUAGCCGAUUUCCCUUCCAUCACAUAAACUCACUUGUUGGAUUAACAACCCCAGACUGGGUGGGGAGACGAGGAAAACAUGUUGCAGAGCAUGCUGGAAGCGGGGUGGGAGGAAAUGACCAUUUAAUUUUGCAGAGUCUCUUGUUACCACAUUGUUAAAUGAUGCUUAAUAUCAAAACGUGAUGUGCCAUUACGGGCACAUCACAGAUUCCCUUUCUCCUUCUUUAGAUGGUUUAGGAAAUCCUAAUCUGAUUGGAGACCGAGUGCAGCCACUGCUGAUUGAAAUAGAGAAAACCAACCUCCAAACCCUCAUUUUCUAUUCUUAAUUCCCUUCCCCUGUAACCCUUUGGCAUCAUUUCAUCCAACAUCAGAUCUGCGGCCAUGCAACGGGUCUGGGUGCGGGGAGGAGGGAGGUGAAAGGGGAUGGUUACAGGAGCUGAUGGUGCACGGGGAGCGAUGCCGGCGUGGACCAGGGGAUGCAGGAUCCGUGAUGAGCUCCUCUGCAGCCUCCAACAACCCGGCUGGAGACAAAGGGAUAUUUCCUCCUUGUGUUUUGGGUUUGGGAGAGAUGCAGCCGCUUAUCGCAAGGAGAUUAAAGUGGUGAACACGCCUUCCAGCGGAAGUCACUGAUUCGGACCGGAGUGAUGCAGUUGCCAUGGCGACCCUGGUUUCCUGGGAAACCCCCAAAGGUUGUCAUGGCAUCCCUUCUCCCAUCCCCCUUGAGCCUCGCUCUUCCCGCAAAAAAACCUUUCCAGAUGGUUCCAGCCCCAUCAUCCCGCAGGACACCGCAGCUCAGCCCUGCUACGUGACCCCAUCCCAGCACUCCAUUCCCAGCCCAUGGCCCCGAUGUGGCUUCCCUCUGCUGAAUAAAGCUCCCGUAGGCAAUAAGCACACCCCAAACCCACCCCUCCCUGCAGAGGAACUCACACCUUGGCACUGAGAUUUGGGGAUGGAGCCUCAUCUGCAAACACCAAGAACAGCCCUGCGCCCCAUGUAUUCCCUAAAUCCCGUGUGAAAUGACUCUGAGCAGCCAGCGGGAAAGCUCGGCUGAGAAACUCCGGCAGCUUUUGGAAACCAGAUGUGUAAAGAGCAGGAUGGAAAAGUAACCAAACCCCCACCGGGAUAAACACACCGGCUUCAUCCUUACGUGUGCACCAGGGGCCAUGGGACAUCUGAUGGGAUCAGGCCAGGCUGUGCAUAAAAGUGGUUCUUUGCUCUGCCCAACAGAUAACAGAAGAAGUUUCAAACUUAAGACCUUCAGGACUGUGUUGAGAAAUCAAAUGUCUCAAAGGAGAUGGCGAAUAUCAUGGACACGGUGACUGAUGCUGCUGUGGACCCAAGCGACAGAGGGUCUGUCCUCCCCAGUUAAACCCAUUUCAUAUUUCAUCUAUGAAAUAUCUGCCACGUUAUCUGGGUUUUCUAACAAGUGCAUUAUGUAGAAGGGAACAUCUUUGCAGCCAGAAGAUUAUCUUCAAACCAUGUGCAAUAUAAUGAGACUGAACAAAGCCAGGAAGGAGGAGGGGAGGUGGAAAUCAUUUGGACAUUAUUUUAGUCUUUUUUUAUAGAAUUUAAAAAUAUCUCUUGAAGGAUGAAGCAACCCAAAAGGAAACAUUAACCAGAGCUGCUAAUAAGCAGUCCAAGUGUUUUGCUUGGGGUGGGAGGGAGAUGGGAGAAGUUCAGUCACUCUCACUGUUCCCUGUGGAAGGCCACGGGCUGUUUUCAUCACUGGGAUGUGAAUAAUUCCUGUUCCAUUUUCCUGACUUUCCUGUAAAUGCGCUUUAUGAGUAGGUAUGUGCUGUACCAAAGGUUGUGAUUUAUUUUAAGUUCUCAUUAAGAAAGGAACAUCUCCGCUGAUGCUGAGGAAAGUGGUGUUGAACAGUCCACAAGUUGUGCCUUGCUUUCAGGAUCCCUCCAUGAAAAGCUAAGGAAAAGUCUGAUCUCCAGGGGUGGAAAAGGCAUAAAAACCUGAUCCUGGCUGGUCGUGCCUCUGAAUUUCAUGAGAGCCCAUAUGCCCUUCUCUGCUGUUCCAUGGUACUUCAAUCCCGAGGGAAUAUUAUAGUAUUGUCUUGCUAAUACUAUAAUAAACAGGAAGCCCAUCACUCCUUUGCUGUUGCUGUUUCAUUUUGCAUGCCAAGGUCUUUUCUGUGGCAGGUUAAGAGCUGUGGGUUGCCCACACUGGGCUGUGAAGCUGUUAAACCUGGGGUUUCUAUAACCUCACUGCAUUUCCUAGGACCUAGAUCCAUUUCCUAGGACCAUAGGGGUAAAUAUUAUCCCAGUGCAAUGGAAUAGAUGGUUUGCAAAGGAAUAAGUGGUCUGCAAAGGCAUAAAUGCAAAUGGCAAAGGGGUUGAUGGUCUCUCCUGACGGCUCCCUGUUCUUGCCCCAGCCUCAUCCACCUCUGCACGCUGCCUCCAUCCCAGCUUUGAGACUAAAACCUGCUGGGCACAUACUCUAUCAAUCAGAGGAGAACGGUGACAACAGCAUUGUUGGUGGGACUCAGGUGAGCCCGGGACCCUCUGUGUCUGCAUUGCAAUAAGUCGCCAGGAAUGAUUUGGGGAAAGUUAAUUUGGACUGGACCAACCAAAGUGAGCUGGAGCUUGCUCUGAAGCAGAGGAUGCCCAAGGGGAGGUAAUGGAGACAAAACCAUUAGGCAUGUGAACCAGAAUUGAACUCUUGAAUUCAUGUUACUAAUUGCUUUGGGUCCAUGUCCAAGAACAAGCCUUGAGGUCCCCACUGGGGACCUGAAAAGUGGAGCAAAGACCACUCUGCCUGGAGGGCAGCACCAAAACCUGAGCAGAGCUAUUUACCUUCAUUUCAAACCACAUACCAGGCAGGAGAUGGGGAACAUUCAUAGGAGACACAUGUGGGAUGCUUCAAGGCACAACCCAAGUGAGGAUGCACUUAAAAAUAAACAACCUACAUAGAAGAAAGGCUCUGAAAUGGGAAAACUCAGGGGAAUAUUCAUGGCAAAGCAACCAGCUGUCUGCACCAUGUGUCUCUCCUUGCAGAAGAGCUUUGAAGAUGAACCAAAAGGGUUUCUGAGGCACUGUUCAGGGCUGGGAUUGCUCCAGACCUGUCUGUAGUUCAGCAUCCUCCUUUCUGGCUGUCCCCAAUGCAAACUUCAGCCGAAAUGAGGUUUGAGAAGUUCCCUUCAUGUUAGGGAAAUGAUGUGGUUCUUAAAGGAAUGCGUUGGCUUUGGUGAGGUCACGUUUGUUUUGUUUACUUUUUAAACAUGGAUAAUUUCUUGGCUUGGAUUCCUCCUCCUGUGGUGGCAUAUGUGUUGUUAGCGAUGGAGAAAGACCUUGUUCCUGGGAGCAGGGUUUGGGGGUCCCAGAGACUGAAGUUUCUUGGGCUUUGCAUAGGUACAGGCUGGGGAGAACAGGCUGGGACAGUGAGAGAAGAAACAACAGUGAAAACCCACCAGUUUUAGUCAAAGCUGAGUUGCCCACCUUGGGGAAUGAAGAGCAAGUAUGGAUCUGGCCCUUAGUGGGACAUUGCUCCUUGGGCUUGUUUGCAUUUAGUCCCAGCAUGGUAGAAAUCCUGUAGUCACUGGAGCCACAAAAAUGACUUUUCCAGUUCAUUUUCCAAUGACUUGGAAAAGGGCUGGUGCUGAUGGUACUUGGUUUUACCAUGGUUUUUGCAGCAUGAAGUACAGAGGGAGGUGGGUUGGGGACCAGGGCUGCUGGGAGAGCCCAAGAUGCAGAUCUCUGAUCCCGCAGGGAUUUGCUGGGCAUGCCAAGGCUUGACAGAGGGAUGUCAGGGAAUCAUGGAGUGAAGCGUUCCAUGGUGUGAAAUCAAUCUGGUGUGAAAGGCGUCUGCACAAAUCAAAGCUAAUUGGGAUGGUGGCUCUCAUUAACUUCGCAUCUGACCAUGCCCUGCCUGGAGGCAGCCUGCAGCAGGGUAGGGAAAGGGAGCUCCUCCAUGGGAUCCUCCAGCUCUGCUGGCAAAUCCCUCGGGAUCUGGCAGUAACCACGGCACUGCCGCAGCCUGAGGAUGGGCUGAAAGAGCUUUUUCUUUUGUGACCAACUGUGUCUUAAUGUGGCUCAGCCAAAUCCCACCUCCCAGGCAUCCAUCCCAUCCCCUGAGAGGGCACCUGUGCUCUCCCCAGGCUGUCUCAUCCUGCAGCUCCCCAGCACCAGAAUUAAUGGUCAGACCAUAAAAAGUCUGAAACCUUAAAAAGACCCUUUAAAAGAGACCAGAGAAGUUCCCUGGUGUUUGGUGAGUAAGGGCUGAGCCUGUUUCCAUCACCCCAAAUAACUGAGCAGUGGCUUCUUCCACGUUACCAUGGAUGGAGCUGCCAGCAGGCUGGGGGAGGUGGGACUGGGCUUUUUGGGGAGAUCUCACUUUCAAAACCACUAAGAACCUGUAAGAGAUAUCUGUUUGCAGCAUUCUCUACAUCAUGAUGGGUUCGUAGCGUGCUCUGGGGGUUGCAAAGGAGAUUGAACAAAGCCUUUAGCAACUCUGAAAUCUUGAGGGACCGACCCAGAAAGCACUUUUCUACCAUGCUGAUGAUUCUAGGGCUGCAAACAGCCAAAGGACUCACUGAAGGUCUGACCCAGUCUCCCCCCACAGCCCUCCAGACAGCCCUGGGUUGCCCACAGUGGAAAUGGCACAUUAACGGGAGAAGAAUUGACUUUCUGAAUCGCAACACAGACCUGGAUCUUGGGAAGCCCUGGUCCCAAAGGUGUUAAAUUUAGUUUCUUUUGGAACAUGAUCUAGUAGCCCUUAAAACGGGGGAUAGAAUGUACCAGUACUAAAGUGAUCUUUAUUUUUCACUGGUGUUACAGAGUUUUUUUAUGGCUUGUGUGUGUGUAACAUAAUGAUACCUCUGUUUGCAACAGCCACUUUGUUAAAGUGUCUCUCUGUUACAGUUCAAGAGCAUAUUUUGAUGAGCAAAAUGAUGGGAAACACCAGACCCCUUCAUCAUUUGGGUUGGUGGCUCCCAGCAGCAGAAUGCUGCUCUGUUCCUCCCAACCAGCACCAAACCCACCCCAUGGACAUCUCUCACCGAUGCCAAUCUUGCCAAAUCUCCACCUCCUCUUGGUAUUGUACCUACUGGCCUUGACUGUGUUGCUCCAUGCUGUUGGGUUUCUUUUGCUUGGUCGCUGAGCCAGCUAACUGUUAAUGUGCUAUUUCAGAUUAAUUGAGAGUUUGAUAGUCUUUACUUGUCAGUCCAGUACAUUAAUGUGUUGCCACAACUCUGACUUGCCCUGUGCGUCUUAAAGAUAACCAUUGUAUGGC